AUGGCUUGGUGGAAAAAAGGAGCCUCAGCUACACCUGAGGAAAGCAAGCCUAAGAAAAAGGAAGAAAAAGAAGAAGUAAAGACAUCAGAAAAAGAGGAGUCCAAGUCAAGACUAUCAAGAACAACCUCAAAAGAAGCUGCUAAACCAGCAGCUAAGGAAGAAACCAAAGCUAACACCAUCGUAGUAAAAGAAGAAAAGAAGGAAACUCCUCCUCCUGCUCUACCCCCAACCACCCAAAAAGUCGAAUUUCGCGCUAAGGAAGAACUGGCAAAAGUUGGAACUGGUCUUUACAAAGGACUAAUAAUUGGAACUUCAAACAAAGGGGCAAUAGAUCGUAUCCGAUCUAACUUCGAAGCUCAGCAAGUCCCUUACACCGAUUCUCAAUUUCCUCCUCAAGCAUCUAACUUAAUAAAAGACUUCUCUGUUUUGCCAUAUAGCGAUCAAAGGCUAUGGAAAACUUACCAAUGGAAACGUGCAUCAGAGAUAUACAGCCAGCCAAUCAAAGUCUUUAAUAACAUUGAUCCAAAUGAUAUAAAGCAAGGAGCUUUAGGAGACUGUUAUUUCUUGUCAACUCUGUCUGCAAUUGCAGAGUUUCCAAAUAGAAUCCAAAAGCUGUUUGACACUCAGGAGUAUCAGCCAUCUGGAUGUUAUACAGUCAAUAUUUGCGAUCAGGGAAUUUGGAAUGACUUCGUAGUUGAUGAUUAUUUUCCUUAUGAUCCUAAAGCAAAAAAGUGUGCUUUUUCAGGGCCAAAUAUUCAGAGUGGGGUGAGUGAAUUAUGGGUGCUUUUACUUGAAAAGGCAUGGGCUAAAAGAUUUGGCUCUUAUUAUGCAAUUGAUGGAGGUUUUGCUCAAGAUGCGCUUACUCCCCCCUCAGUGAGUGAACAAAACCAUUAGAAAAAUCGCUAUUUUUUACCUAAAAACCCACCCACCCCACCGUGAGUGAACAAAAAUUUUUUCUAUUAAAAAAAUGUUUAUGAAAAAAAGUAUUGAUAUAUAAGUGAUAAUUAUUAUAAUGAAAUCUCGAGAUACUUCUGUUUAAUUUUAAACAAAUUGCGUUUUAAAAACAUAAAUUUUAUAAAUUAAAUUAAUAUUUGCUUCCCAAUUUUUGCAAAUUGGAUUUUUUAAAAAUUUCGAAAUUAAUUUUUUCUAUAAAAUUAUAUAUAAAAAUUUUUUAAAAUAAAAAAUUAACCCCCUCCGUGAGUGAACAAAAUUUUUUUUGUUCACUCACGGGGGGGGAGUUAGAGACUUAACUGGAGGACCAUGCGAGGUAAUCCCAAUUGAAGAUGAUAAUAUAUGGCAAAAAGUUUUAACUGCAGAUCAGAGGGAUUUUAUAAUCACAGCUUCCAGUUCAGGCGAAGAAGGGAAUGGAGAUGCAGUGAACGAACUAGGCUUAGUCACUCUUCAUGCUUACUCAGUCAUCGCUGCAAGAGAAAUCACAUCAAGAAGAGGCCCAGAAAAAUUGUUGCAAAUUAGAAAUCCAUGGGGUGAGCAAGAAUGGCAAGGGGACUGGUCUGAUAGCUCAGAUCUUUGGACUCCUCAGCUUAAACAAGAGCUAGGUUGGAGUAACGUUAAUGAUGGCACUUUCUGGAUGGCAUUUGAUGAUUUUGCUGAAUAUUUCUCAAAUGUGACUAUUUGCAGAGUCCAUGAUGAUUAUUACUACGAAGCUCUUCACUACACCCAAUCCAAAGAUGCUUUUGCAGUUUUCAAAGUAACCUUAGCCAACCCAGGAGAAACUUAUUUCAUUUCCACUCAAGUAGACGAUAGAGUUUUUGGUGAAGAAAGUGGAUAUCAGUAUUCCCCCACAAGAAUCAUUGCAGCAAAACUCAAUGAUAACUACGCCAGAGAGCAAGGAAACAGGCUAACUUAUAUUAACUCUAUUGGAAACUUUGAAGAUAGAGACGUUUGGGUCCUUUCUGAGCUUGAAGCUGGAACCUAUUUGGUUUACGUUGAAGUUAAUUGGUUAGAAAACUUCACUAAUCAGCUUGGUUUUUCAGUUUACUCACUCCUAAUAGCUAUUAAGUUCAAACAUUGAAAAAUUUUAUUUUCUAGAAAAAUUAAUAUCCUUCAUGAUUAGUAAAAAGUUUUAUAAUAUAAAAUACUUUUAAUAAUGAAGUCUCAAGCUAGUUCUAAUAGAAAUUUGUUUAAUUUAUAACGAUGACCCCCCCCCUCAAUCUUCAUGUCUACUGCAACAAAAAUUUUCGAAAAAAUUUUCAUGCCUACUGCAACACAACAUUUUUAUAAAAAGAAUUAAUGCAUUUUUCUCUAGGUGAGUUUCUCAAAAACCCCAUAAAACAGCGCUGCUGUAGGCGUGUCAAUGACCUUCUCAUCGAGAUUUGGACGGCUAUUGUCAUUGCUCGCCAUUUUAUUAAACUUAUCUAGCUAAAAAGUACAGAAAAAUUUAAGAUGCGCAUCUAAAAUUUGCUGCAAGAGGAUUAGGAUUAUUACAGACAGGCGCUAGCCAUAUUGGUGGCACAGUCACCAAAGACCUCCCGUGUGGAAGGUUCUACCGCUUUUCGAUUCCAGCCAAGAGGGUCUAUUCCUCUUACGAGUGCCCUUCCCGGUACCUUCUGUCUUCUCCUUGCCUUGCGGCUUCAGUCUUGAGUGGGCGGCUUAUGGAUUUCUGCGUCUCUGCUACGGGCAAUUGGAGUAGCUUGAUUCCAAGGAUCAGCUCCUUAGAGUCUUUCGGGUGUCAAAGUACCUUCCUACUACAGCUACACGAAAAAGACUGUUCCCCUGUGGCCUGGGCAAAAACCCCAGUUUCUCGGUAGAGGAAUGCCCAUGGGUCCUCGGAUCAAAAGGACGUUGUUGAGCGCAACUAUUUCCAACCACAGGAAAGCAGCCAAAACCUGCCCGGAUAUACACUUCUUGAGCCUGCGUCUGAUUCUCGGCUCGGGGUCCGUCCCAGUUCGCAUUAGCCAUAAGGUCUGGAAUGCUGCGCCAAGAGGGCAGGCUGACACAUGUCGCCAUUUUAAUAUAUAUAAUUUGUUGCAAGAGACAUGAAAAUUAUUAUUUUUUUUAUAUAAAAAAUUUUAUUAAAAAAAAAUUGCAUUUUUGUUGCAAUAGACAUGAAGAUUGAGGGGGGGGGGUCAUCGUUAAUAUAUUUGGAUAAAAACUUAACUUUUGUCUAAAGCAAAACGUCUUGCUCGCUUCUAAGGUGGAAAUCAGCAUCUCCUCUUACUGUAGAAGACGUUACUUUCAAAGAAAGAAAUUUCAUACAAGAAGUGUAUAACUUCGAUUUCGCCAAAGCUGUAGGAAAGCCAAUGGCGCUUGGACCUGACAUUUACAGUUAUACUGUCCUCAAUUAUGGAACUGGGAAGGACGGAAAAGUAAAAGAAGGAUUCCUUGUCGAUGCAAACAGAAAUAAAUGGUGAAUGGAUGGAAUAUGACUCUUAAAUGCUACCUAUGGAGCAGAUAGGACCCAGAUGAAGCUGAAAAUAUUGCCUCUAUCCUUUUAAAGUAGACUUUAGAUUCUGAGUAAGUGGUCGAAGAGUAAAGUUUUCUUUCUCCUCCUGUUCCUGCCAGACGGGCUAGACAGGUUUUGUCUACCACAUGGCCUUUGCUUAUCGGGGCCAUUGAAGCACAUUCCAGAUUGUGGUAUGCUUUCUGAAGCUUAUCCCUUCGACAGAUGGUUGCCAAAAGGGUAAGUAGGGAGGCUAAUGUUUGGGAACCGAAGCAAGCCAAAGGCUAGUGGCUAGUCCGCUUAUGGCCAGAUUAAUUAAACUUGUCGAUGCAAUUGAAAAUAGCUCAAAAGAUUUGGUACUUGAUCUCGAAGUAAUUCAUAAGACCUUAGUGAAUGUUGAACUCACCGGACCAUACGCUGGAUCUGAUACCUAUAAGGUGGUCUUGAGGCCUGGCGAAAAAGCCGUGGUAGUGAAGAAGCAAAUUGACAUCGCUGAAGAAAAGACCAGCGCGAUGCAAAUUAAGAAAAAGAAAUUAAUUCCUCUUUAA